GCCGGGUGCCAAUGGAGCUGCUGAAGAAAUGGUUGGGCCACCCGGAGGAGCUCUACAACCUCGUGAGGUUUAAGAUGGGAGGCUAUAAGGCAACGAUGCCCAAGGUCGACGAGGACUCGCUCAGCCACAGCCUCCGCACUUGCUACGGGUAUUUGAAUCAGACCAGCCGGAGCUUCGCCGCCGUCAUCCAGGCCCUCGACGGAGAGCUGCGCAAUGCGGUGUGCAUCUUCUACUUGGUUCUCCGAGCUCUGGACACAGUUGAGGAUGACAUGACCAUCAAUCUAGAAAUGAAGGUCCCCAUGUUACAGAACUUCCACUCCUACCUGUAUCAGCCAGACUGGAAAUUCCUGGAAAGCAAGGAGAAGCAUAGGCAGGUGCUAGAGGACUUCCCAACGAUCUCCUUGGAGUUUCGGAACUUGGCAAAGGUCUAUCAGGAUGUCAUUGCCGAAGUUUGCCACAAAAUGGGCCUUGGGAUGGCUGAGUUUCUGGAAAAGAAAGUGGAUUCCAAGCAGGAUUGGGAUAGGUAUUGCCACUAUGUUGCUGGCCUGGUGGGGAUCGGCCUCUCGCGGCUCUUCUCUGCGUCCAAGCUGGAAGAUGCCAUCGUUGGACAAGACACGGAGCUUGCCAACUCCAUGGGCCUCUUCCUGCAGAAGACCAACAUCAUUCGAGACUACCUGGAGGACCAAUCUGAAGACAGAGAAUUUUGGCCCAGAGAGGUUUGGAGUAAAUAUGUGAAGAAGUUGUCUGAUCUGGCCAAACCAGAGAAUAUCGACAAGGCUGUUCAUUGCAUGAACGAGCUUAUCACCAACACGCUCCAUCAUGUUCCCGACGUCUUGAUCUACUUAUCCCGGCUGAAAAACCAAAGCGUGUUCAAUUUCUGUGCUAUUCCGCAGGUGAUGGCCAUUGCUACUUUGGCAGCCUGCUACAACAACAAGCAGGUUUUCAGGGGUGUGGUGAAGAUCCGGAAGGGACAAGCAGUCACCCUGAUGAUGGAUGCCACCAACAUGGAUGCUGUUAAGGCCAUCAUGUACCAGUAUGUGGAGGAGAUCUACCAGAAGAUCCCAAGCACCGAUCCUUCUUCCAGCACAACUCAACAGAUCAUCGCUUCCGUCCGAUCCAUGAGCGUACCCAGCGGCGCCCUCCUUUCCCGGAUCCAUUACUCCCCCAUCUAUUUGUCCUGUGUCAUGCUCUUAGCUGCCUUGAGCUGGCAGUAUCUGAGCACUGUCUCGAAAGCAACAGAGGAAUACGUUCACACGGGCGAGAACUGAGUACAGA